ACACCGCGCCCCCCAAAUGUGCCAUUCGUAGACCACCGCCCUCUCGAUUGAAGCUGUCCGGAGACUUAGGACGUGUUUGAAUCCCGGCCAAAGAGGAAGGAGUACAAUAACUGCAUUCGGAUUAAGAUGGACAAACACACUUAUUUGGGAGGUUCCGCUUGUCGAGCCGGGAUGAGGAACUCAACGCUUCUUAAAUGGGCACAGAACAACAGUAACAAUAAGCAAACCGGUAAUAAGUCGGCAGGUAACAGAAACUGGAUUCACCCACCGGAUGCUUUACAGCGGGGUCACAUAGCUUAUCUAGUCAAGUUUCUAGGGAGUACAGAAGUGGACCAGCCAAAAGGCAUUGAGGUGGUUAAAGAGGGAAUUCGUAAACUGAAAUUCAACCAGCAGUUGCGGAAAGCAGAGGGCAGCAAGACGCCAAAAGUAGAGCUCACCAUCAGUAUAGAUGGAGUCGCUAUACAAGAACCAAAGACGAAGCGCAUCAUGCACCAGUAUCCACUGCAUCGCAUAUCGUACUGUGCUGAUGACAAGGGAGAGAAGAAAUUCUUCAGCUUCAUCGCUAAGGAGCCUGAUUCCGAGAGACACGUGUGCUUCGUGUUUGUUAGCGACAAGCUAGCAGAAGAGAUUACGCUGACAAUUGGACAAGCGUUUGACUUGGCUUAUCGACGAUUCUUAGAGACGUCUGGCAAGGAUUUGGAAGUACAGCGCCGACUCAUGUUGCUGCAGCAGAAAGUGAAACGUCUGGAAUCGGAGAACUCGUUACUGCGACAGAGACUGAGCGACGUUGCUCAGAUCAAGGGGCAGAGUGAUAUUGAAGAAUAUAUGUCACAGAAUGGAAUCACAGAUCUUCUGAGUGUUGGCAGCAGUUCCAGCAGCAGUGGUACCACUACAUCACCUUCCAGCAAUGAAUUUAACUACAGUUCUGACAACAUACACAGUGGACAGAACAAGGAGAAUGGGAACCUCCUAAACUUGAGCACUGGGUCCAGUAACGGAAUUAGCAGUCCCCCCAUCGCUGCAAGCCUCGCACAGCCACCACCUGUUCCUCCCAGAGCCUUUGAGGCCAGUAGUGGCAGCAAGUCAUUUGGAGAUAACAGUUUUAUAAGCGACAUGUUGUCGUCAGCCCAGCCAUCCGUUGGAACGAAACUGGAAGGUUUGCUACUGGAUGAACUGGAGGAAGACUUCAAUCCUCGGGCAUAUGAAAGAAUGAGCAGCAACAUUAAUGACAGUGGCAGUCUUUCAUUGUCUAAUGGCUCCAUUUCUUCUCCACCUUUAUUGGCUCCACCUCCAAAAGUUCCCAGAGAUUCGUCCAGACGCACGCACACGCAUAAUAAUGGUACAACCCCACAGAAUGCAGAUCCAUUCAAGGAGGAUCUCUUCGGUUCCACCCCAUUUAACCCUGCUUCGGCAUCGACGCUGUCAGCACCCCCUAUUCCUAACAGGUCUGCGCUGAAGCAGCAGGUGCCUUCAGCAGUAGGCGUUCUCUCCGAUCCGUUUGGGAUGGGAGACUUUGGAAACCAAGAGAGUGGAGAACCGUCGCAGCAAGAACUGGAGAACGCCAUUGGACUUCUAGACAAGAGACUUCUGGAGAUGAAGGAUGGUUUCAGUCGAGGACUUUCGUUCGGUAAUGAAGACUUCUCACUAGAAAGCUUGGAUCCACUUCGUAAUUAGGAAGUAAUACUUUAGAGUGCCUCUCUGCCAGAUGUUGUGUGUGGGCAUGUCAGUGUUCUACUCAGUCACUCUGUUGACUUUAGUUGUCUACACUGCUGCAUUAUCAUCUUUGACAGCCAGAAUUUUCUGUUCAGUGGACAUGGAUGAACUGAGAGCCAAGAUACUGCAAUUAAUAUUUCUUAUGUAUGCACAUAGUAAGAAAUAUUAAUUAUAUUUCUGUAAUUAUUCAUUAUGAUUGUGUGCAGUGUGAGAGUUGAAUUAAUUUAAACAAAAUGGCUGAAGACUUGGUGCUGUGUCUGCAUAGAUGGUGAAUUAGAGAGCUCGACGGUACGUCAUCUUUGUCCAUAAGAAGAAAACUCGAGAUGUUAAAACGUGAUGAGUCCAGUCUUCCACUGAGGUAGUUUCGGCUCGUAUUGAUUGAGAAUUUCAGUAUUUCACUGUACAUAGUUUAUUGUGGCAGAUGAAAACUGAGAUGUAUAAUAAUUUUAAGAAGUAGAAGAAACUGUAAUGAUUGUUCAAAGUAAACGAAUUUGUGAUAUAAUUUAUUGCCAAUUAAAAAAAGUUUGUAAUUUAGUCGUGCAGCUUGUAAAUUACCACGUGUGUCAGUACUGCAGGAAACUUGUCUUACAGUCCAUUAGGUGCCAGGAAAAGAAUAAUUGUUACGAAUAAUGCCACUUUUGGCAGGAAGGUCUUGUUCCGCCUCUGACCGUAUGUACAGCCUAUUGUAUUUUUUUUCACCAAUAUAUUGAUACGUAGAAAGUCAUCCUUUUUUUGGAAAAGGGGGGGUUUCCAAAUGAAGUGCUAUGUGUAUUAAUACUAUUGUAUAAUAUUUAAAAAAAAUUGAAAAAUAAGUGAAUAUUUUUAUUGUUACUUGGAUACAAAACAUUUUCAGACUUUUCUGCACGUAUGAUCAGAUGCACAAGAAACGUUUCCUUCUGCAAGUACCAUAAUUCAUAACAAGUAUUCUUUUCUCUGCACCUUAUGACUUGAGAUGCGAAACAAGUUUCUUGAAGCGUUGACACGCGUGUUUAUAUAUAUAUAUAUAUAUAUAUAUAAGCUUCAAUACUAAAUUACAAACCAUUCUUAAUUAGUAAUAAAUGAUAGAGCUUAUUCCUUUUAAUUGUCAAAACAUGGAUUAAAAUGCUAGCUUUAUUAUGCAUUUUGAAUUCAAUGGUUAAAUCGAAGAAAAAGCAAUAUUACACUUUAUAUAGUUACGAUGCUGUUAGAUUGAAUAAUAAAUAUAUUUUUCAUAUAAAGGCUUAACAUAUUCUUAAGCACCGAGGAUAUAAUUUUACCUCCUGUAAUUCUUGUUAUAGUUGAUAGAUUUUCUGUCUUGAUACAUAAAUUGAUAUGCUGUAUAUAUUGACUCUAUAA